AUGGUAAAAAGGGGGCAAAGUGCAAAUUCAGAGGGCUGUCACUCGGAAUCUCGAGCUGUCGCGCAUCCGUCUGUAUUCCGUCGGCGCCACCUGCCGCAGAUGCACGGCCCUGAACCAUGCGCGUUCAUUGAUUGGUCGCAGGUCGUUACACCGUCAAGAGAGCAGGUUCUGGCGGCUAAAAAAACGUUAUACAUACGCGUUCGGAAUUUGAAACACCGUUUUGAGACGUUCAAAUCGAUGCCGGCCGGCCUUUGCGUGCGUGGACGAACGACUAUCGGCGUGUCGUCGCUAAGCUAUGGAGUUGCGAGGCAGUUUCGCUCGCGAGGGGGCGGCGCGUCGCAUAAACCCGUAUUACAAUACGUUAAAUCGCCUCCAGCCCUCGCCGACUGCAGUCGCAGCGUGGCCCGUACUCCACUGCGACAUCCUCGAGUACUCACU